CUAACUAGCACGACGAAAUGAAGCAUCUUCCUCCUUUCCACACAGAGAGCCUAUGUCCACCUCGUUCUACUUCCACACCAUAAACAACCCCAACAAGAACCUCCACGAUCAUGGGUCAAGGUAUCGCGGGAAGUUUCCUCUUCCCAAAAGUGAACAGCGGAAGGCGGCCAGUCGACUUGACCUAUACACCUGAAGGCACACCUAUUUUGUACAUCGACUACGAGCAGCGCUUCCUACCAGAAUGCGACAGGAGAGCGAUAUUGAAAGCACGGCUUGGGAUAUCAGGGGGCGAUGGUGGAGAUGGAAUGGAGGAAGGUACUGAUGAGGAGGUUGUGACUUCGUUCGAGAUCGAGACCAACUCGUCUCUUCCUUCAAAGGAACAGAGUUGGUCUCGAUCUCGAACGGACAGCCAUUAGCACUUUGUUUUUUCACACAUUACAUAUAGAUGUACAAGUCUACAUGAUAAAGAUUUCUUGAUUCUUUGUCUGGUGGGGUCUUCAGCCUAUCAUCAAUGUCAAAUCUAAAUCUUUCACAUCGGAUGAUCCCCAACUCGCUUCCCAACCCAGACCAGCCCCCAGUCGUUUUUCCACCUGGCUGUGUCUUUCAGUGGGUUCCGUAUCGGCGACGGUGCAUGCUCUACUUCCAUGGAAACGGGGAAGAUUUAGGGCAACUCGAACCCGUGGCACAUCGGAUUGCCCAUCGUCUAGGAAUGUCAGUGUUGAUGGUGGAGUAUCCCGCGUACGGCGUUUUUCAGCACGGUUGGACAAGGAGAGCCAGGAAUGCAGCAGUUGGAUCAUCCGAUGUAUCAGCUGCGAUUACCCCUUCAUCUCCUGGUAGAAUUAUACAUGUUUAAGGCUCAUCAAUAUAUUUAUCAUUUCUACAAGUCAGCUCUCCCUAUUUCCUUCCUAGGAUUGCGAGAACAAAUGUAGGCAAGAAAUGAAUUCGAAUUGUUUUGAGCUCUAACAUGGAGACGAACAUCAAGAAGAAGAUCAUGGUCGAAUAAAAACAAGAGACAAUAUUCUUGACGAGACAGCAUCUGCUACUUCCCAUAGCACAACCAGUAGUUCCGUAGUCUUUACAUCAGCGAAUGCUGUUCAUGAUGCUGGUCGACGAGGUGC